AUGUUAAUAUAUAUAUUUUUGUACUCAGGGGUAUAUUUACUAGGCUGUGUUCACUCAAAAUUUACCACUACAAAGAUUGGUCCGCAGCCGAUUUGGAAUGAAACAUUUACGGACAAACUUCGCCAUGAUCUGUUGCUAAAUUAUGACAAAUUUUCCAGACCUGCUCAACAUUACAAUGUAACAACUGUACGAUUUGGGAUGGGUAUACGACACCUUGAGUUUAAUGAAAUGAAAUCAUCACUUACAGUUUACGCUUGGUUGCGAAUGAAUUGGAAUGAUGAAAAGUUAAAAUGGGAUCCUGAAAAUUAUGGAAAUCUUUCAGUUUUACACCUAGCUGAACAUGAACUGUGGCAGCCGGAUAUUUAUUUAUAUAACAGUGCCACUAGUACUGCCGUUAAUCAAUUUGGAAAUACGCAUUUCCUAGUUUAUUCGGACGGAAAAGUUUUAUGGGUUCCUCCAGCACAAUUGGUGGUACUAUGCGGAUUGAACUUGAAAUAUUGGCCGUUCGAUAAACAAGAAUGUUCUAUGAAGUUCGGAUCUUGGACAUACAGUGGCGAUCAAAUUGAUCUGCUUCAUUAUAAUGAUAAUGCUGAAGUUGGGCUAGAAUUUAUAAUAAACAAUUCAGAAUGGGAACUAACUAAUGCUGUCCAGACACGACACGUAAAAUAUUAUUCGUGUUGCGCUGAAGCAUAUCCAGACAUAACAGUAAAUUUAACGUUAAAUAGGAUAUCUACUUCGUACAAAGCAAUUAUAGUGACGCCUGCAUUUGUGGUGAUCAUGUUAACGAUGUUAAGUUUUACUCUACCUCCUCAAGCUGGUGAGAAAAUUAUCAUAAAUGCUUGUACAGCGAUAGUAGUAUGCCUUUUUACGUUAUAUUUUACACAAAAGCUACCGAUGAUGGGCGCCGAAACACCGUUGAUUGUGAUGUUCUACACCAGUUGUCUAUACAUCGUCGGUUUUUCAACAAUCGGUUCAGUAGUAGUAAUUAGUUUAUCAAGAACCAAACAUUCUACAUCAAUACCAUGGAUUAUUAAACAACCUUUAAUAGGAAAGAUGGGGAAAAUAUUAGGAUUGGAUAACUACAUACAACAAGCUACGACUUCAAGUCACAGGGUUACUGCUGAAGAAAUGAGAGAUCAUCCAGUGAGUGAAUUUGAUGACAGUAAUAAUAGUGAAGAUAAUCAUAUUAUUAGGUCACAUUUAUCAUCCGCCAAGCCAAGCAUACAGAAGGACUGGAUACUUUUGGCGGCUGCCAUUGAUCGAAUAUCUUUUAUAUUUUAUUUUCUACUUUUUGUAAUUUUAUCGAUUGUAUAUGCUUUGUAA